UACUCUUGUCAGAAUGACAUGUUGAGUUCGGUAGAUCAGCACGUGAAAAAGCUAUUUGCCUAGAAAAAUACAUUUACAACUUUAUUGAUUUUCAACAAUAACUUUAAAAAUGGGGAAGAAGAACAAGGAAUCUUUAGGACGUGCGCUUAUUAAGGAUAGAUUUGCAAAGAAUCGUCAUCGUAAACAUGUUGAAGACAACACCAUGUUACACACAACGGAAGUCAAUGAUGGCUUUGACUGGGGCCGUCUUAAUCUCCAAUCUGUAACUGCUGAGUCCUCUCUCCAAGAGUUCCUCUCUACCGCUGAACUGGCACAGAGAGAGUUUACCGCAGAGAAGCUUAACUUGAAAUAUGUUAAGUCUGUACCCAGUGAAGUUGAGGUUGCUACAUCACAGCCCAAUUUUGAUGAACCUUUAACAGUGCCACGGAGGCCCACAUGGUCACCAGGUAUAACAGCUGAAGAACAAAUUACUCGCGAACGUGAGUCCUUCUUAGACUGGCGUCGCCAUCUCAACGAGUUGCAAGCCAAGCUCGGAGCGGCGGUCACACCAUAUGAACGAAACAUUGAACUGUGGAAGCAGCUGUGGAGGACACUUGAGAAGUCCGAUGUGGUUCUGCUUCUGUUAGAUGCAAGGAAUCCAUUGUUGUUCAGAUGUGCUGAUUUAGAGAAAUAUGCGCAAGAUCAGAAAUGCAAAUGUAUAUUGCUGUUGAACAAAGCCGAUUUGACCACCGAAUAUGAAAGGAAAUGCUGGGCGGAAUACUUCACAAAGGAGAACGUUGCUAUAAUAUUCUUCUCGGCAGCUAAACCAACAAAUGAGCGUAAAAUAUCAGAAGCCAGUGAAGGUUCUGCCACCAAAGAGGAAAUAGAUUCGGAAACCGAUUCGGCAAUCUCCGACCACGAUCCGGAAUCCGAAGAUGACGUCAUAGACCCGAACGACCUAAAUUGUACAGAAAAAGAUAUAGAAAUGUUCAAACAGCAAUUAGGAGAUUUGGACAAAGCUGUGUGCAACACUGCAAACAAAAUUGACAAGAUUCAAGAAGUACUGGAAAGGGUUGUCGAAAAUUUAAGACUGGGUAAACCUGUUGAAGAUUACCCUCCAUCAGAAAUUCAGGAAGAAGUCAAAGAAGAGCAAGUACAGAAUUCACAUGAGAUAUUUGACAGGGAGAAACUUCUAGAAGUGUUGAAGAGGCAGAAUGUUGAGGAGAAAAAGAAUCCCCCACGAUUGAGCGUUGGUAUGAUUGGUUACCCCAAUGUCGGGAAGUCUAGUACUGUCAAUGUUUUGAUGCAGACUAAGAAAGUAAGUGUGAGCUCAAUGCCCGGUCACACACGACACAUUCAGUCACUGAUCUUAGAUGAUGACAUCGAGCUGCUCGACUGCCCUGGUCUGGUAUUGCCAGCUUACGCCGUCGCCCCGGACUUGCUCUUGACGGCUGUGUUGCCAAUUGAUCAGAUGCGUGCCCACGACGCGGCCAUGGCUCGCCUGUGCCAGUUGGUCCCCAAACACACGUUCGUCGAGAAGUACGGGCUGCUGCUUCCUGAUGACGGGUCCAAAGAGCCUGAUUACAAGCAGAUACUUACUGCUCAUGCUUACAACAGAGGCUUCAUGACGGCAGCGGGGCAGCCGGACCAGUCCCGCUCAGCCCGGAUCAUGCUGAAGGAGGCCGCCAGCGGCCGUCUGCGCUGGGCGCAGCUCCCGCCGCACUGCGCGCCGCAACCGGUGGACGACAUGCUGCGGGACAGGAGGAACGAGAAGAGGAAGCCCACGCCCAUGGAAGCCAGGAUGGUUGAGGGAUGGAAAAACAAAUCAUCGGAAAUCGACAAGGCGUUCUUCGCGAUGCAGAAGAGUGGGGCACACGUUAAAGGCAAACCUAUAACCGGUAUCGUGGGAGUGCAGUCUGCUGAGCAACAGCUCAGUAAGCCCUGGAAACAAGAAAGAAACACGCGAAUAAGAAUAAGAGAGAAAAGCUAAGGCGAAAGUAUUCGCAUUUGGACGAACAUUGAUGUUAGAAAGGGACGAAUGUUUGUGGUACUUGUGUGUAUGAAAAGGAUGGAUGAAGUUUUAUACGAAUGUUACGGACGAAGUUAGUACGAAUUAGGUGCAAUAUCAACAAAAAUCAAACCUAGUUUUUUCGUUAUAUGUACACUUACCACCUAAGUCUAUUAGCUUUUUCCGUAAUAUUCUGAUACUUUUAUAAUUACUAUUGUUGCAAUUCAGGUUCCAAAAUAAACAAUAAAUGCAUUUAAUGUAC